CGUUUCUUGAUGAACGAAUGCAUGGAUAAAACCAUUAUUCCCUUCAAGAAAGCUCUCUCUCUCUGUCUGUCCUCCACUAUGGCGUCAUCUCCCCCCUUCCUCCUCUUCUUCCUCCUCCUCUUCCCCCUCCUCAUCUCCGCCACCCCGCCGCCUCCGCCGCCGCAGCCAGCACCGCCAGGGAACCGGACUCCGGAGACCCAGGCGGAGAUCGACGCCCUAACCUCCUUCCGCCUCGCCCUUCACGACCCCCUUGGCGCCCUCGCCGGAUGGGACCCUUCCUCUCCCUCCGCCCCCUGCUCCUGGCGCGGCGUCCUCUGCUCUCGCUCCUCCAGCCCCCCACGCGUCGUCGAGCUCCGACUCCCCCGCCUCCGCCUCUCCGGCCCCAUCUCCGACCGCCUCGCCGCCGGCCUCCCUUUCCUCCAAAAGCUCAGCCUCCGCCAAAACUCCUUCUCGGGCCCCAUUCCUGCCUCCCUCUCCCGCCUUUCCCGCCUCCGCUCCCUCUUCCUCCAGUUCAACUCCCUCACCGGGCCCCUCCCCUCCUCCCUCCUCACCAACCUCUCCGACCUCCAGGUCGUCUCCGCCGCCGGCAACCUUCUCACCGGCGGCGUCCCCACCGCCCUCCCCGCCGCCCUCCGCUUCCUCGACCUCUCCUCCAACGCCCUAGCCGGCCCCCUCCCGGACAACCUCUCCGCCGCCGCCCCCCGCCUCCAGCUCCUCAACCUCUCCUUCAACCGCCUCCGCGGCACCCUGCCUCCCUCGCUCGCCCGCCUCCGUUCCCUCCUCUACCUCUGGCUCGACUGGAACCGCCUGGAGGGUCCCAUUCCCGCCGUCCUCGCCAACUGCUCCUCCCUCCUCCACCUCGGCCUCCAGGGCAACGACCUUCAAGGCAUCCUCCCCGCCGCGCUCCCCGUCAUGCGCUCCCUACAGGUCCUCUCCCUCUCCCACAACCGCCUUUCCGGCCCCCUCCCCUCCUCCCUCUUCUCCAACUCCUCUCUCCGCAUCGCCCAGCUAGCCGACAACGCCUUCACCUCCCUCUCCCCGCCGCCGCCGGCCAAUGCCUCCUCCUCCCUCCAGGUCGUCGACCUCAAGGCCAACCGGCUCGCCGGCACCUUCCCGGCGUGGCUCGCCGAUGUCUCCGGCCUCACGGUACUGGAUCUCUCCGCCAACGACUUCUCCGGCGCCCUCCCGCCGGCGAUCGGGCGUCUGUCGGCGCUGCAGGAGCUCCGGGUCGGGGGCAACUCCAUGGCCGGCCCCAUCCCGCCGGAGAUUGCGCGAUGCGGCGCCCUUCAGUUUCUUGAUCUCGAGGACAACCGCUUCUCCGGCGAGGUCCCGACGGUUCUUGGAGGGCUCGCCAGGCUGAGGAGCCUCUAUCUCGGCUGGAAUCUCUUCUCCGGGCGGAUUCCGGCCAGUUUUGGGAAUCUGUCCUGGCUGGAGACCCUUUCCCUCGGCAAGAACCGGCUCACUGGCGGCGUGCCGGAGGAGCUGACGCGGCUGAGCAACCUGACCUUCUUGGACCUCUCCGGGAACGGAAUCUCCGGCGACAUCCCGUCCGGCAUUGGGAAUCUUGCAGGGUUACAGAGCCUGAACCUGAGCAAGAACCGGUUCUCCGGCAGCAUUCCGGCGGCGAUCGGGAGCCUCCUGAACCUGAAGGCAUUGGAUCUCAGCGGGCAGAAAAACCUCUCCGGCGAUCUUCCGGCGGAGCUUUUCGGACUGCCGGACCUUCAGGUGAUCUCUCUUGCCGAGAACUCGUUUUCCGGCCCAGUCCCCGAGGGUUUCAGCAGCCUUUGGAGCUUGCAGCAUCUGAACCUCACGGCGAACUCCUUCUCCGGCCCGAUCCCGGCGACCUACGGCUACCUCCAGUCCCUUCAAGUCCUCUCUCUCUCCGGCAAUCACAUCUCCGGAGAGAUCCCCGCGGAGCUCGCCAACUGCUCCAACCUCACCAUACUCCAGCUCCGGUCCAACGAACUGUCCGGCCCCAUUCCGGCGGAUCUUUCCCGCCUCUCCAAUGUGGUGGAGGUCGACUUCGGCCAGAACAAUCUCUGCGGCGAGAUCCCGCCUGAACUUUCCAACUGCUCUUCGCUGGUCACGCUCCGGCUGGAUGGCAACAAUCUCUCAGGUGACAUCCCCGACUCCCUCUCCAAUCUUUCCAAACUCCAGACGCUCGACCUCUCUGCCAACGACCUCUCCGGCCCCGUCCCUUCGUCCCUGGCUCGCAUCUCUGGGCUGGUGCGGCUCAAUGUCUCGGAGAACCACCUUAGCGGCGAGAUCCCUGGGGUGCUGAGCUCUCGCUUCGGGGACCCGUCGGCCUUCGCCGGAAACCCGAGCCUCUGCGGGCCGCCACUGGAAGCGGAAUGCAAGGGUUCGCGGAGGAGGAAGCGGCGGAGCUGGGCCCUGUUGAUCGGCCUGGUGGCAGCUGCCGUCUGUAUUCUGGUCCUCUUCUGCUGCUUCUUCGUGAUCACCCUGUUGAGGUGGCGGCGCCGCUUCCUCGACAGCAGAGCCGGCGUCAAGAAGCGAAGCCCCGGGAGGGGCAGCGGGUCGAGUGGGAGUGGAGAGAACGGCGGUGGGGGCCCUAAGCUGGUCAUGUUCGACAACCGGAUCACCUACGCCGACACGGUGGAGGCGACGCGGCAAUUCGACGAGGAGAACGUGCUCAGCCGCGGCCGCCACGGCCUCGUGUUCAAGGCCUGCUACAACGACGGCACGGUGCUAUCCAUCCUUCGCCUGCCUUCGACUUCGGCCGACGGGGCGAUCGUGAUCGAGGAGGCGGCGUUCCGGAAGGAGGCGGAGUCGCUGGGGAAGGUGAAGCACAGGAACCUCACAGUGCUGAGGGGUUACUACGCCGGCCCGCCACCAGAUGUUCGACUGCUGGUCUACGACUACAUGCCCAACGGCAACCUCGCGACGCUCCUCCAGGAGGCGUCCCACCAGGACGGCCACGUCCUCACCUGGCCCAUGCGCCACCUCAUCGCCCUCGGCGUGGCCCGCGGCCUGGCAUUCCUCCACGCCUCCGGCGUCAUCCACGGGGACGUCAAGCCGCAGAACAUACUGUUCGACGCGGACUUCGAGGCGCAUCUGUCGGACUUCGGGCUGGAGCGGAUGGUGGUGACGGCCGGGGCGGCGGAGGCGGCGGCGGUGGCGUCGACGUCGUCGACGCCGGUGGGGUCGCUGGGGUACGUGGCGCCGGACGCGGCGGCGGCGGGGCAGGCGACGAGGGAGGGUGACGUGUACAGCUUUGGGAUCGUGCUGCUGGAGCUGCUGACGGGACGGCGGCCGGGGAUGUUCGCGGGAGAGGAGGAGGACAUCGUGAAGUGGGUGAAGCGGCAGCUGCAGCGGGGCCAGAUCUCUGAGCUGCUGGAGCCGGGGCUGCUGGAGCUGGACCCGGAGUCGACGGAGUGGGAGGAGUUCCUCCUCGGGGUGAAGGUGGGGCUCCUCUGCACCGCCCCCGAUCCCCUCGACCGGCCAUCCAUGGCCGACAUCGUCUUCAUGCUCGAGGGCUGCCGGGUGGGUCCGGACGUCCCCUCCUCCGCCGAUCCCACCUCCCAGCCUUCCCCCGCCUGACACCGUUUCCGAUCCGUUACGACCCGACUAUUCGUGUCACCUUCUUCGGCCAUUGUUUUUUUUUUUUUAAAAAAAUUCCCUCCCCCCUAUUUUCUCUGAAAAAAAGAAUUAUUUCCGUUUCCUUGGAGGAUUUUUCCUGUUUUUCCGGGCUUUCCGUUUCUUGUUCUCUCUUUGUUUGUUCUUUUAAUAUUUUUUUUUAAUAUCCCCCAACGGAUUGGAUGCCGAACGGCGCCGCAGACGAAGGUGGUGGGGUAGGAGAUCACGUACGGCAUGGUCAGCUUGACUCUUCUGUGGGGCCACCGCAUCGGCUGCGUUUCUCUUGCUCGGCACUUUUCUCCCGCCGGAAAGAAGAUGGCCACGUAGGGCGAGGGACUUGUGAAGUAGCCGUUGGGGCAGCCCCCCGCCCGAGUGCUCGUGCUCGUGCUCCUGUGUUUAAAUUUUUUAUCUUCAAAAAAAAAAAAAAAAAGUUCAUUCCAAUCGAGUGGUGGUGAUGGUGGGUGUGUCAGGAGGGGAGGGAGCUUCUGUGCCGGUGGUCCUACCGGCUUCGAGUACCAAUGGUGAUUAGGAUCGUUGGAUUCCAUCUCAACGGCCUGCUCAUCUCGAGUCGACGAGUACCAGGGGUUGAGACGGGGACCCCAACCUUCGAUUUGUCUGUUUCAACUAAAUGUAUAAAAAUUUGUGUUGUAUGAGGAUGGGGACGGGAGGUAAUACUCUGCUGGGGGAUAGGAGGUGGGGGCGUACUGGUGCUGAAACCUUUAUUGAUUGGAAUUGUAUCAUUUGUUCUUCUCUUCCCGUCUUCCCUGGCCUUGCCUCUUGGUUUCGUUUUUAUCUUUUCAGGCAUCCAGAUUUGGUUCCCCAGAUUCCGAAGCGGGACCUACCGAGUACCGGCUCCUUUUAUUAUUA